AUGGCACCCACUUGCAACUCCAACACAACUGCUAGCGAGCUCGUAGAGUUCCAUGCACCUCGAAUUGCCGGAAAGACCAUUCUCGUCACAGGUCCCUCACCUGGAAGUCUUGGCGAGAGCUUCAUCACACAAGCGGUCGCAGGCAAGCCUGGGAUUGUUAUUCUAGCCAGUCGGUCCGUCUCAAAGAUGCAGCCUGUUGCGGAUGCCCUCAAGACCGCCCACCCGGAAAUCAUCGUCAAGCUUCUUCCAAUGGAUCUCAUGUCCUUCAGCAGCGUCCGCAAAGCUGCCGAGACAGUCAUGUCAUGGGCCGAUGUUCCUGCGAUUGAUCUGCUUGUCAACAAUGCUGGAAUUAUGGCUGUGCCGUACAAGCUGACAGAAGAUGGUUUCGAGAGUCAAUUUCAAACGAAUCAUCUCAGUCACUUUCUUUUCACCAACUUGAUCAUCAAGAAGAUUCUUGCCGCCAAAGCUCCCCGGGUCGUUUUCGUGUCGAGUGGCGUCCACCGCGUCGGCAACAUUCGCUGGACCGACUACAACUUCAACGAGGGCAAGAACUACCAGAGGUGGUUGGCGUACGGCCAGUCGAAGACGGCCAAUGCACUUACUGCCCUGGCGCUGGCUGGGAAGCUCGGCGGCAAGGGCCUCCUGUCCUUCGGUAUGUGUCCUGGUGUGAGUUUUACCAAUCUCGCAACACAUGGACUACAAGACCAAGCCGCCUUUUCGGCAGACCUGACGGAGAUGGACCACAUUUACGGGAACAAGUGGCUCUUUGGCAUGGCCGAUAUGCAGAUCAAGACCUUGGAUCAAGGGGCAGCAACUCAUGUUUUCGCUUCUUUUGAUGAGACCAUCAAGGAUCAGAACGGUGCCUUUUUGUCUGACUGCCACGUCGCUGAUCCUGACUUGGAGGAGGUAUACUCGUGGGCAACCAGCGAGGUUGAUGCGAAGAGGCUGUGGGCGUUGAGUGAGAAGCUUGUUGGCCAGGAAUUCAGAUACGAUGAUUGA